UCAAGUGCCCGAGAGAGCGCGUUUGUAGCGGAAUAGCGGAGCUGAGGAUCCUCAUUUACUGAGAUAAUUCCACAGAAAUAGUGUUAAAAAAGCAGAGAAAUUAAUGGUGGGUGACUCAAACAGUUACACUACUGCUGAGUAAGCUUGUGUGAAGGGUUCGUGUCGGACUCCCGGAGCUGCAGCAUCACUUGCCUGAAUCUAAUCAUGGCAGAGAAGAAAUUUGAGUUUUCCAGUAAAGAGGAGCUCUUCAGCCUUAUAGGAGAAGUUUACUGUCCGUACUGCACAAAGCCAGUCGCAACAUCUCACCACCAUUUAUCCACACACCAUCUGAGAUAUGCCAUACAUUUUGCUGAAGGUGGUACUGGCAAAUUCUCAAUACCCUGCUACUGUCCCGACGAAAGACGUGGUAAAAGGAGCCACUGGCAUUGCACAAAGUGCACAAAAAUAAUACAGAGGACUGCGGAUUUCAGACUGCACCUCACUAACCACGGUGUUUUGCUGACAGACAAGCCUUUAGAUGGAGAGGCUGCUAGCGUGGGUACUUCAUGUGUCAGCGAUGCAGCUGAAGAUUACAGAACGUCCUGCCAGAAAUGUGAUUCUCUAUUCGCGAACCCAUCUAAUCUGAGGAGACACAAGAGGCAGCAGAACUGCAGACAGGAACAACACAUGGUUUGCGUAGAUGCAAAGAACGGGUUAUACGUGACGCCGAAGGAUCCUCAAGGAACAAAGUUCCCGAUACAUAUAUGUAAGUCUCUUGUUUCACAAAGUUUCGUUUGUGAAUUGGACUCAUGCAGGGAUUUCAUGAAGAUGGCUGCCCAAAGUGGAAAUCCUGGGAAGGAGUGCUAUCACCUGGAGAGGACGAGGAACGCCCGAUGCUACAGUCCACCUCCACCAUUGUGCAAUGCCUCGCUGGAGGAGAUGGUUGAAAAAGGAAUCAUUUCUAGAACAAGGCAACAGGAAUGCAUGGCAUUGCAUGCUAGGGCCUGUUUAGAGGAAGUCGACUGUGUAUUUCCUGUUUUUUGGGAGGAAUUUGGACCCUCUGAGAGAUACAUCUACUUCUCCGUGUACGCUGGACAGACAGACACCUGGUGUCAAUUUGGAAGAACACUCGUCACGCUGGAUACCAAGUUUGGUAAAUGGCAGUGCCAGUGCACAGGCGCAAAGGAAGAGCACCAGAGUUGCGUCCAUCAACAUUUAUCCAUGUGGUGGGUCUUUCAGGAACGUCCCUGCUGGCGCAAAAAUGCUGUAAUUACCAACUCAGAAGAAAUGAUAGAUGAUAUAGAGACAAAAGUCAUGGAUCUUGAGGACAUGCUGGAGAUGCAGCAUUCUGAAUAGACACGUCAGAGCUUCCCCUUGAUGUUUUUGCAGUGACCAACUUGAUACUUGUGGAGUUCAAACGAGAGGAACCACCAGAGGACAAAAGAGAGACCCAUGCUGGAGAACAUUGAGCCUCAAGAAAGAAAGUGCCCUUACACGGGAGAGGAGACACGUUGCCGUAUGGCGUAUGGAAUGUUUACACUGGACAGAUGUGCUCCAUCUUUUUUUAGCCUUUUCAUUUUUUUUCGAGCUGUUAUUCUUUUAUUUUAUUUUAAGUAAGCUGAGGUAAUGCCUGAGAAGCUUCAUCACACUUAGUAAUGUGUGAAGCGAAGAAAAGGCCAAUUUUUUUCCUUUUUUAUCCCCACCAAAAAACUUAAAAAUUUUUAUCUGACUUUCUGAUCAUUGGACCAUUAGUUUUCAAAUAAGUAUUCAGAUCUUAGAUAUUUACAUGGAUUGUAUUAUGAGCUGUUUAAACCUAAGGCAUUAAUUGAGACAGUAAUAAGCUAAAUAUCAUCAUUUAUAGGGUGCCUUCUGUUGGGAGGUGUUUGUCCCAAACCGCAAUCCCAGAAUUUAUUCGGAUUUUUUUUUUCUUUUUUUUUUUAAGAUUUAAAAAAAAUCUUUACAAAAAGUUAAGCUGAAUGACGAGUGUAAUUUUUUUUUAUUAA